AUGUAUGCAUGGCUAAUUUUGCAGACAAGAACGCAGUGCUUGAGUCAUUUAAUUGAUCCAAGCCUAAAGAAGCCGUCAGUAACCGCUGGACUACCUACCAAAAAUGAUUUCUUAUUGCUCCAGUAUUAUCUGAUGUUGUCAUGUGCUUGUUGUACUCAUAGCAUCUUAAAUCCUAAUAAUCAGUGUCUUUCUGACCAGGUGUACGGGGUAUCCAUCGAAUUGGGUGAAAAAUCUGAAAAUUUAAAAAGCAAUGAUCCAAUUCAAGCAUAUCUUAAAACGGUACUAUCUUUAUUGAGGCACGAUUCAGAGGCAGUAUCAGAUGCUGCUAUUUCCGCUUUAGGGCACUGUAAUGCUGCUACUUUCAAAUUGUUGUCGAGCGAGAUUUCAAUAAUGUUGAAAGAACGCGUUGAUAAGCAAAAAGCUGAAUCUGUUCGUAAGCGCCGUAAAAGAGACCCCAUACGCAUCAAAUUUGUCAAGAUAUUUGAAAUUGCCGCUGAAAACAGCUGUUUCGUUCCAAAGUAUGAGAUUGAGCUAUUUAACAUCAUUGAAGGACUUCCAAAAGCUAUAUUUAUUGCUGCUGUACUACUAAAUUUAAUAAUACACGCUUUACAUAAUAGUAACUUUACUGUGGACAAGAAUACUGGUCUAAAUAUGAUAUUUGUAGACUACAUUGAAACCACAAGACAAUGUCGCAAUCCACCUAAGGACGUUAUGUUGUCAGCAUUAGAGGGUAUGUCCGCUAUUGCGUGCUGCGGUCCAGUUUUCGAUCCUAAAGGAAUUGAAGAAAAUGGAUACCUGUAUGAGUGGCUAGACUCUAUAAUUGAAUGCAAGAGUAAUCGCAAGAUUUAUGGCAUUGGUUGUAGAACUGUUGAAUUACUUUUAGCUUAUAACGAGACCUGUCAUUAUUUCUUGGAUUGGAUAAGCAAUAAAUGCUUGACGGCAUCGCCGUUAGCUUCCUGUGGCUUGUUUCGCGCGUUUUUAAACAUUUUUUCGAGAAGGAAUUAUCCCCUUCGAUUGAUACGGACAUUAAAUGUUAUCCUCUUUAAAGCAAUGGAUACCGAUCAAGAAUCGCGAGGAUGCGCAGUUCGGAUGCUACACGUAUUAGAUAAACGGUAUUUAAGUAUAUAUCGAGAAAGCACUGGAUUAAAUGUCUUUUCAUCAAGUCAAUUUGCAUUAAUAACUUUAAAGCCAGAAGUAGAUCUGUCUGCUACUCUUGCGAAGUUAUAUCCGGAGUUUACCAUACCAAUGUUUUCAGAAAUGUGCGUUAGCCUAAGGAAAAAUGUAACAGAAAAGCGACGUUUAUUUAUAAACAUGCUUCCUUGGAUGCAAAACAUUGAACUUAUAGACAAUGCCGCCAGUAGUCAUGUCACUAGUAAUACCGAAAUGAUAUGCGAUGUUAACCUAGAUGAGUUUCUCCAAGCACGUGGACGAUUGCAAGGGGAAGGAUGGGGUUCUGUAACUGCUACAGAAGUGGUAGUAUGCAAUCUAUUUCAUAUAACCUGCAAGUAUUCAGACGACUAUGCUAGAGAAUUAGCUAACUUAUGGUGUGCCCUAUGUGAUGCCUGGAAUGGAAAUUUAAGAGUUAUAAAAAAUUUCUUUUGUAUUUUGGCCGGAGCUGGUCUUAGUAACAGUUUAUUAGCUCAGAUAAAAACAGUUAUAAUGUAUAUCGGUGAGCGAAUGCCUGAUCGCGUAAUUGAAGAAUUAUUUCAGGAUUUAAGACUUGUGGAAAAUUUAGCUUAUUCGUUCGAUAGCAGCGAUAGUACCGGAAAACAAUUGGCCUUUCUGGUAAAGGCGAAAUGUUUAGAUCCGACAGUAAAUACUAGCAAUCAAAAUACCACAUCAGACGGAGCAGAUCAUACUAAGAAGAGAAAGCAUUCAUCAGUUUCCGAUUUCGUCAAUGUAACUAAUCCUAGUGAAGAUGGAUUUUAUCGUACUAUUCACAGAGAUGGAAAAUAUGAGACGGAAUUUUCUAGUGAUACAUCAACUGUAAAGGAAGAAUUUCUGACGUGGGCUAAAAGCUGGUCUCUAUCAAUCCGUAACGGUAAUGGUAAACCAGUACCAUUACCUACUCCGAGUGAUCUCUUGACUCAUGCACCACUGUAUGAGUUAUUUUCUGCUGACAAGUCUACGAUCGGUCAUUUCAGGUGCUAUUUUUCCUUAAUGCUCAUAUCUGAAUUACUGUUAAAUCGAGUAACGUUCGAUAGUCAUAUCCACAUGCCACUAUUACUGCAUGUUAUUUGUCUUGGAAUGGAUCACGUACACCAAGUAGUUCAUGAUCAUUGUAAAUGCCUCUUAAUUAGGCUUUUGAUACUUAUUUCCUACCAAGAUCACUUGUUGGACAUUGAUACUUUUGUGGGGAUACAUCCGUUUAGUACAGACGUUUUAGAUUCACCAUCGGAAGUCAUAAAACGGUUACGCAAAGGUCGAAAGCUAACAACUGGAGAAACAUUAAUUGCUGACGUUGAUUCUUUGUCGACGAGGGAAUUCAAUAAAAUAGAGAAAUUAAUUGAAUUGCUACUAUUGAGUGGCCAUAAACCGUUAUGGCAAUGCGAAGAAGUCACUCCAAGAAAUAUGUCUAUCAAAAGUAUUGACUCUUUAGAAAAUUUUGUAAAGAGCAUCAUCGAUGCAGCCUCCGUAUUGCAGUCCUGUAAAGAAUUGAAAGAAAAUUGGAUACAAGUUGCUUUACAGUGGGCAACAUCUUGCUCGUCACGUCAUUACGCUGGUCGUUCAUUUCAGGUUUUGCGACUUCUGUGUCCACCUCUUAAUUGGCCGGCAUUUUCAGACAUACUAUCGCGUUUGUGCGAUACGGCGACUGAUCUUAAUGAAGAUGUUCAAGGCUAUGUAUUGGAAAUUUUGUUAACUUUAGAAAGUGCUAUUGAUAUGCGUUUAUCACCCUUAAAAAAAGCUAUUGAUGAAAAAUUAGGCCGACUAAAAACAGAUACUAACAACUUCCAGAAGAAGAGGAAAAACUCUACUGCGGAAAUGUAUGCUGGUAGCCAAAGAAGUAAAAUUCGACAACGAAAUACAAGCAGCAUAUCAGGUAAUUCAAUUAUUAAUGUUCAUACGAAAUCUGGCUCCCGAAGUGAAUCAAUAUCAUCAAUUACUGAAGAAUUAAAAAUUGAUGAAUUUUGUAAUGAUGAAACUUUCGAUGUAAUUUCUGGCGACGUAAGUAGACAAGUAAAUUACGAUGAUGUAGCAAAAGGCAAUUCUGAAAGUAAAGCGGAUCGUCAUGGGAAUAAUCAUACAGAUGAUAAUCUGAUUACAGAAGAUGAAUUAAGCCUGUUAUUAAGCGAAGAAUCUCGAGAUUUACUUGCGAGAAUCUUUUGGUCUUGUGUAUGCUUGCUAGAGUCAGACUACGAGCACGAGUUUCUUGUGUCACUCAGAAUCAUAAAUAAGUUAUUCAAGUCGCUACGAUUUUGCAAAGUACAAUUUUAUGCUAAUUUAGAAAUCAUAUUAAAUCAGAUGGAAUGGACAAACUAUCCUGGAUUACAUGCCUUAUUGUUGAAAGGUUUAACGAUUCCGUCCAUUGUUACAUCAACAUUACAAUUGUUAUGUUGGUUAAUACCUGACAACGAUUAUCGAAUAAUUGACCCAUCGCAGCGUAUUGCCUUACCGCUCAGUAUGAUUGCGGUGCUACCUUAUUUAAUCCAAAAUUUUGAUAGCCCUGAUGAUUUUUGUAUAUCAUGUGCGCAAAGUUUUGGAUCAACAUGUGAAAAAAGUCGUAAUUUAAAUAACGUUGCUACUUUACUUAAAAUGUACAUUGACAAAAAGUACCCCCAACCAUGUCAAGUUUGGCUAUCAGCUGUGUGCAAAUAUAUUAACGACGCUUAUCCCGAUUUACUAACAACUAUAUUAACUUUUUUACUGGAAGUUCUAGAGUUUUGCCCUGAUAAUGUACGGAGAGAACAUCUGCUAGUUCUUCAGUCUUAUGUUAAGCAUAUUGAUAUAUUAUCUUCAGACGUACAGCAGUGGGGUGGUGAACUUAUUCGCACGAUUUGCCGUUCCUUAACAGGCUCACAUUGGUCGGAAGCGUUAGAUAUAAUAAGAUUGGUUGUUGCGAAAUCUUCUGUCAAUUCUCCACAAGAUAGUAAUGAACCUCGUGCACUAUGGCGAUUAGACACUUUUGGUGGAAUGGUAAAAAGAGAAUUGCCCGGACCUACCUUAAGCUUUAACUACGAUUUAUCUAGUACAAAAAUUAUUGGAUUUAGCAAUACAUCGUACCCAGUAAACCUGAUCCAUAGCCCUAUAUCAUCCGAAAAUGACGAAGAUGACGAACUUGAGAUUGAGAAAAUGUGUGCCGCACAAAAUAGGACACGAAAUUGUUUACGUUUGCUAACGAGCACAUGCGGUAAUAAAUCAGCAUUAAUUAAAAAUUCGUAUCAGUCGAUUGUAUUUAGCUCUACCAGCAGCAUGCAAGCGUUCGAUCGACGUCAAACUAUUGAAAAGAGUUCUUCAGAUGAAGGAUUGAUCAUGGACGAAGUUACUCAUAAAAAUUCAGAUUUUCGCAGAAGGAGCCUGAUUGGUGUUGUAACUGAUUUCGACUUUCUUGAUGAUGAAUACAAAGUAAAUGAACAGGCUAAUUCUCCCUUAUUUAAUUGGGCUAGUGUGAGUGUGUUACACUCUCCAUCAGCGGAAUCAAUUAUUUCAACUACACAAGAAGAAAUCAACCUGCGUAAAGAUUUAUCGGAAUUGGCUUCGAUCUGCAAAGAAAUGUACGAAUCCUCAGAUGAAGAAUCACAAAGUACUAUUGACGAUGAAGAAUCUGUUAAAAGCAUUGAUAUUAACUUUAAAGUAGAAUCAGAAGAAUUAUCGGUUUUGCCUGGUCCUCACACUGGCGAUAUUCCGGAAUUAGUUGUUGAUCAAAAAUGUGAUGUUGAAGUUGCUAUUAGUGAUAAUAGGAUGGAAAAAUUAUCUGAAAGCGGUACGGAAAUUAGCCAAGAUAGUUGCAAAUUAGUCACUCAUAAAGCUGGCAGUCAUAUUUCCAUGUCAAGUCUUGAAUCAAGUAUUGGAAUAGCAAGCGAAGAAACAUAUAAACGUGGCUCAUCAGCAUCAGAUGGAGGCAUGAAAGAACUAUCUGAAAUGUGGCAAAUUCAUGCUUCGGCUGUAUUAUCUAAAAGGAUUAAUAGCAAACUCUCAUGUACGCAUGAGAUUUUUAUAAAAACUUUUAAUAGCAUCAUUUCCACAUAUCAGCGUUUGACAGACAAGAGCCGUGAAAUUACUCAGUUAGAUGAGUUUCAGGGUAUUGUCGUUAAAUUAAGUCACGUAUCUCAACUGCUGUAUCAGGUUGAAAUUCCUUUUGUCUACACCGAUUGGGAAAGUUUAACCGAAACUGGCUUAAUGCAAGAGCACGCGUUUCAUAUUAUCGAACUACACAACUACUGUAAAAAUAUCUGUAAUCUUACUGAUAAGUUAUGGGAGGAAUUGUAUGAUAUUACGGCAACAGAAGACAUAUGUGAAACCGUUAUCCUUAAAAGAGUGCAGGAAUCCCGGAUUCAAUUAUAUGGAGAUUUGUAUCAGGCAGCUUUUACAAUAAUACUACUAUUGGAAAAUUACAAUAAAAAUAUAAGAGAAUUGUCCAUGGCAAUUUCGAAAAGCUCUAAGAUCGUAAACAUUACUGAGGAUAUCGAGAAGUGUCGUACAAGUCUAAUUGAUGUCAAGAAUAAACCUAGUGAUCGAACCAGCAGUCCUAGUAGCUUUUGGAGUGAAACCUCUAACGUAAAACAAAAGGCAAUAAGUAAUAUUCAGGAAUGUCUUGUGGAGGAAAGCUUCCAGGAAGCUCUUCGAUUGUUACAUAAUAGCAGGCGUAAAUGGUCUGGCGAUGUAUUUGGAAAAGAUGAUAAAGAAGAUAUUAAUAUUUUAUUGACCAUAUAUUUCAAAAGUGUAAUUGCAAUACAAGACUAUGCAGAAGAAGUAUUAAGAACAUGUUACACACCAAUUAAAGGAUUAUUGUUAGAAAUUUUACCUCAGCUUAAUGACUUGAAACAUGAAAUAUUGUGCAAUUAUAGUAACACCUCUGAGGUGUUCCAUGAAAGUAAAGUGUUUAAUUAG